AUGUACAGUAACGUUGGAGCCGUAACUCAAUCCGGAUUUUCACGUUCGAAAACUAAAGAACGAAACGGAGGAGGAGGAAGUGGAGGAGGCGGUGGAGAAAGAGAAAAUUCAAAAAAUGGAGAUUUAACGGAAAAUCAUGGAGAACACACCAUAAGCUCGAGAUUUUUGAAAUUCAUACGGCGUAAAAUAAAUCCAGCUGUUGGUAAGUCGUUAUAUUAUUUCCGUCUUUCUUUACUUCUUUUUUUUUCUUCUACUCAAUUUUUCUUUAAUGAUAAUAAUGAUAAUAAUAAUACCCGAAGUCGUAAUUCUACUGCGUUAAAUAAUUGA